UCGGAAGGCACGCGCAAAAUAUCCUGCCUUUUGAUCUUGCCCUUGGCCUGCUCAAAUUGUCAGCCUCAACAUCAUCGACGACCCUCACCAAACUACACCCGAAGCCGUCAAGGAAACCUCUCGCCCAAGAUGGUCAAUAUCCCCAAGACCCGCCGGACAUACUGCGCCGGCAAGGAGUGCAACAAGCACACCAACCAUCGCGUCACCCAGUACAAGGCCGGCAAGGCCUCGACCUUUGCCCAGGGAAAGCGCCGUUACGACCGCAAGCAGUCGGGAUACGGUGGUCAGACCAAGCCCGUCUUCCACAAGAAGGCGAAGACGACCAAGAAGAUUGUCCUGAGACUGGAGUGCACCGUCUGCAAGACCAAGUGCCAGCUGCCCAUCAAGCGCUGCAAGCACUUCGAGCUUGGUGGUGACAAGAAGACCAAGGGCGCCGCCCUCGUUUUCUAAGCGCUUUUCCUUCUUCUCGCAUUUGGGAGCAUUUCUGGGCUUUGGGGCGACACGAGAACCGAGGGCGAUAUUCCGAGCCUCCUUCGCAUUUGGCAAUACCACAGACCCGACGUGUCUUGUGGGAGGGAGAUAUAUUCCAUCGUGUCCUAUAUCUCAGCGGAGGCUUCGUCCUUGCAAACUGGGGCAUUCUGAUCAACCAGACACAGGAUGGACGACGGAUGAUUCAUUAGGCGUUGAGGGCUUUGCUUAGGAUGGCGGAAUAUUUUUAAUAAAAAAAAAAGAACAUGCAUGAACUCACUCGAGUUGACCCCUAAACAUCGGUUCGAUGCUUGAAGCUGCAGUUCGCUACCCAUGACCGGCCACUCGUAGUUUAGGAGCGCAUGUUGACGUUUGCGUCGGCCAUUGUGGGUGCAUGGCUAGGUGAUGGACGUUCCAGUCGCUAUAUGCUGAUACUAUCUCCAUAUCCUACUGCCCG